CCACACUUAUCCAAAAAACAUGCUCUCCCCCCAACACACCCACCUUCCCCCUCACCACCACCUGCCCCUCCUCCACCACCCACUCUCCACCACCACCAUCACCUUCAAUCGCCGCCACCCACCACCCAUCUCCGCCUCCUCCCACCCACCCCCCACCAACCCACCCAACCAAGACACCAAAAUCCUCCGAACCCACAACGCAAGAUCCACCUCAAUCCUCUUCCAAACCGACCCACAAUCUCAAACCUUAAAUGGGUAUCAUAAAAAUGAAAUCUUGAAGCUUUUGGAGCUCUCAAUGGCCAAAAAAAGAACCCCUCAGUUUCCAGGCUCAAUCUACAUCCAGUCCCCUGCAGACACCACUGUAGAGUCUUCUUUACCACCAAUCAAAGAUGUGUUUAAUGCUGAAAAUGAUUAUGAUUUUGAGGUUAUUAUGAGGGCACUUGAGAUUAGGAGGGAAGUGACAUUGGAGAUUUUUAAAGAGGCUAUGAGGAAAGGGAAGUUUGGGAUUACUUAUGUUAAUAAUUUGGGGUCAAGAUUGUUUCCUGAGUUUAUUGAUUAUGUUAUGGUUCAAGCUGCUGCUAUGAAACAGGUGCCUGAGUUUGCGAAUUCGUCGUUUAAUGUUCGGGCUAAAGCUUGCUUAGAAGACUGUAAUGUGGUUCCUCUGAUAAGGUGGCUAAAACACAACGGAUUAUCAUAUCCUCAGAUCGGGAAGCUAAUUUGCAAUUCAAAAGGGAAUCUCGAAUCAAUCAGAACCACUGCCGACUGGCUCAAGUCAAUUCACGUCGACGGACGAUUUAUUGGGGUUGCGUUACUUAGAGGCGGAGAGAAUGUAUUACAACGCAGCACCGAAGAGUUGGAUGAAAUAGUUUCGUGUUUGGAGAAAAACGGAGUUAAAAGGGAGUGGAUAGGUUAUAUCGUUAGCAGAUGUCCCGAGUUGUUGUCUUUUAGCAUGGAGGAACUCGAGACUCGCAUGAAGUUUUACUUUGAUAUGGGUAUGAACGAGAAAGAUUUUGGGACUAUGGUUUUUGACUUUCCUAAAGUGCUUGGGUUCUAUUCACUUGAGGAAAUGAAUCAAAAGGUUGCAUAUUUAAAGGAGUUUGGCCUCAGCAAUGAAGACGUAGGGAGAUUACUAGCAUUCAGACCGCACUUGAUGGGAUGUAGCAUCGAGGAAAGAUGGAAGCCUCUCGUUAAAUACUUUUAUUAUCUUGGGAUUUCUCGAGAUGGUAUGAGAAGAAUUCUUACCGUUAAACCCAUGGUUUUUUGUUUCGACUUCGAGGCCAAUAUUGUCCGAAAGGUACAAUUCUUUAGUGACAUAGGCGUUCAAGAAAAGGGUAUCGCUAGUAUGCUUGUCAGGUUUCCAUCAUUAAUGACAUAUAGCCUACACAAGAAGAUAAGGCCCGUGGUAAUAUUUUUGUUGACGAAAGCCGGAGUAUCCCAGACGAACAUCGGAAAGGUUAUCGGGUUGGGCCCGGAGCUCUUGGGGUGCAGUAUAUCAAAGAAAUUGGAUCCUAACGUCAAAUACUUCUUGUCUCUUGGUAUAGACCUUAAAACUUUGGGUGAAAUGAUUGCCGAUUUCCCCAUGCUGCUUCGGUACAACAUUGACGUCCUACGCCCAAAAUAUCGGUAUUUACGGAGAACCAUGGUCCGCCCUUUAAACGAUCUCAUAGAGUUCCCACGGUUCUUUAGCUAUUCUUUAGAAGAUCGAAUCAUACCACGUCACAAGAUUCUGAUGGAUAAUCGUGUAAAUUUCAAACUUCGUUACAUGCUUUCGAGUACAGACGAUGAAUUUCAACAAAAAGUAGAGGCUGCUGUUCAAAGACGGCGGAUGUUUGAAUCCGGGAUAUCAAACAACAUAGGAUUAGAUUCUCCAACCGAUGACUCCUCCGAGGAUGAAAUUGAUGACGUGGACAUCAACAUCGAUGUUCUAUAACAUUCAAUACAUAUAUAUUUGUAAAUAGUUGUCAGGAACAUGUGAUUUCGGUGCAAAUGAUUAAGAGCCAAAAAAACGUGUAACUUCACAUCA